AAUGCUGGUAACGCUCGCCCUGUCUACCGUGUACAGUCAACUUUGCUGUAAACAUUGGUAGAUUUUUCGUGUAGAAAUUCUAUGUAAUUCGCUAAAGUUAAUGAAAAAUUGUAAUAAAAAUUAUAAUAAGCAUCAAUUAAAUUCAGAGAAAAUUCUCCGUUUUUACUACGUAGACAAAGUGCUUGCAACCUCAUUCCGAUCCGCACCACACCAUUAGAACAACAACUGUUCUAUACAAAGAGAACAACGCAACGAGAACUGUCACCACGAAAUCAUUCACCCAAAUUCGAAAGCCAUAGUUGAGACAAUAUUAAACCGUAAUAAAUACAUUACAUAUUCAAGUCAUGGACGAAUCAAAUAUGCAGGAUAAGGAACGUUUUGCUAGUAGGGAAAAUCAUUGUGAAAUUGAAAGACGUCGAAGAAACAAAAUGACGGCCUAUAUCACUGAGCUUUCCGAUAUGGUACCCACCUGCAGUGCUCUAGCGCGUAAACCAGAUAAACUGACUAUACUCCGUAUGGCAGUUGCGCAUAUGAAAGCUUUGCGUGGCACUGGCAAUACCAGUAGUGAUGGCACUUACAAACCAUCUUUUCUUACUGAUCAGGAAUUAAAGCAUUUAAUAUUAGAAGCAGCUGACGGAUUUCUAUUUGUAGUGUCUUGUGAUUCUGGACGUGUAAUUUAUGUUUCUGACUCAGUUACUCCAGUGCUGAACUAUACGCAAAGUGAUUGGUAUGGCACGAGUUUGUAUGAACACAUUCAUCCUGAUGAUCGUGAGAAGAUACGUGAACAAUUAUCCACACAAGAAUCGCAAAAUACUGGUCGUAUACUUGAUCUUAAGACAGGUACAGUGAAAAAGGAGGGACACCAAUCGUCUAUGCGCCUUAGCAUGGGUGCACGUCGUGGCUUUAUAUGUCGAAUGCGUGUUGGCAAUGUGAAUCCAGAUACAAUGGUUGCUGGUCAUUUAAAUCGUUUAAAGCAAAGGAACUCACUCGGCCCUUCUCGCGACGGCACUAAUUAUGCUGUAGUGCACUGUACAGGAUACAUUAAGAACUGGCCACCAACCGAUAUGUUUCCCAGUGUACAUAUGGAACGUCCUGUUGACGACGAAAUGCAUUCAUCACAUUGCUGCCUUGUGGCAAUCGGUCGCUUACAGGUGACAUCAACAGCCUCCAAUGAUAUGACAAACUCAAACAAUCAAUCAGAAUUUAUAACCCGUCAUGCAAUGGAUGGAAAAUACACUUUUGUCGACCAACGCGUUAUGAAUGUUCUCGGUUAUACGCCAACAGAUUUACUUGGAAAAAUUUGCUACGAUUUCUGUCACACUGAAGAUCAAAUGAAUGUUAAGGAUAGCUUUGAUCAAGUACUUAAGCAAAAAGGAAAUUUUUCGCUUAUGUAUCGUGCUCGUGCUAAAAAUGGUGACUACGUUUGGUUACGAACCCAUGUUAAUGCCUUUCUAAAUCCCUACACCGAAGAAGUGGAAUAUAUCGUAUGUACAAAUAGUUCAGCAAAAACUCUACACUCAAACACGGGUCAUGAUGCUAAUACCCCAGAUCAAUCGACUGCUGAACAUGUCUACGUAGCACCCGUGGUGGACUACACUUUACAAGCACGUCGUGAUGUUACACCAUCGGCAGCCACUGCGGAUGGUAUGUAUACAACACAUGGUAUGAUCGGAUCGCACAUACCCGCACAAAGUGCAAUGACCGGACAGCAAGCCAAUAAUGUACCACGCCCUGGUUCGGCACAAAACGCCGUAGCCUACAAUUAUGAUGCUACACAUUCGCCACUAAGUGGAUAUCCAGCAAAUGCAAGUGGUCCUUCUCCGAAUACAGCGCACAUGGCGAAAAUUCCGAAAGCUAACAGUUCUCCAACUCCCGCAGCGCCAACCUGGACUACUCUUCGUCAACAACAAACCGUAUCCGAAGGCUAUCAAUACAAUCAAACGAGUCCAGCACGAUCACCGAGUGGUCCAACAUACACUCAAUUGAGCGCAGGUAAUACCCGGCAAGGUAGUUAUCACACCGGCAACAACACGCAAGGUGCUCCUCCGACACCUGCAAAUGCUCCUGGUAUGUGGGGUGAUUGGCAAAACCCCACUCAACCACAACAUCCGCAUGGACCACAUGCCGCCCCUCACGCCGGUCAUGUACCGCAUGGCGUCCAUGGCGCACAUGUACAAGCCGGUCAACCGCAAGGUCAGGAGUUCUCCGAUAUGCUACAAAUGUUGGACCAAAGCGGCACAACUACAUUUGAAGACCUCAACAUCAAUAUGUUCAACACGCAAUUUGAAUAAGUAAUGCCCAACAAGAAAUCAAAAAAUUAACCAUGCAUUUGCAUAGGUUUGUUACAUACAUAUGUACAUAUGUAUGAAAUAGUAUGUCAUGUGAAAAAUAUGUAAAAGUAUUACCAUAAGCAAAGUAAUUUUUAGAAUUAUUUUAGUAAUUAAAAUAACUUUUUGUGGCAAUUUUGUAAAAGCUAAUUUAGAUUAAAGAUUUAAAACGUAUAGAGUUUAAGUAAAUACCGCUCGAACCGCUACACAUUAUUAUUGGCGAUAAAGCACGUUUAAAAAUAAUACCAGAAAUCGUCACGAUACUCCAUAUUUUACAUUUUACAUAUUCAUUCGCUCAAACUUUGUUGCGAACUAUCAGGGCACCCACUCGAAUAGCGCUGUACACGUCAAAUAUUAAAUUUUGUCAUUACACCGACAUAAAAACUAAAUAAAACCAUUAAGAAAAAUAAUACAAUUUAGAA